GAAUUUCUGAGGUGUUCGCUUACGAGAGCUUCGACUGUAAUUUAUCACAUCACCAAUCAAAAGCCGUAUCUCACCAGAAUUAGCCUUGGGGUCUGGGUAAGAGGUAGAAUCCGCUGAUCAGCUUGCGUGCGGUUGCAUCCCUAAGUUAUCCUGUGCUUCCGCAUAUAAACUUGACGACAAAGCAAGAAAGGAUUCGGAUGAUAUUGUUGAAGCAAUGCUAUCUAGAUUUCGUCUCAAAAACGAAAUCGGCAGUGGGAGCUUCGGAAAGGUGUAUAAAGAGUCGUGGAACGGUGAGCUCGUUGCAGUAAAAAUACUUCGAGAUGGACUUUUCGACGCAAAUGAUACGCACGGCCAUGUUCAAAAAUUUCACGACGAGUGCAAAAUUCUACAACGACUCCGUCACAAGAACGUAGUCCAACUGAAGGAGUUUAUCAUCACACACACUUCCCCUCCUAUGCUUAUUACCGAACUUUUGGAUUGCGAUUUGGUGAAAUACAUUGGUAGCCUUCAUCCAUGCAAGAUUCCAUUUCCUGAAACAGUCUCAAUCGCUUUAGACGUAGCCGAGGGACUGGCUUAUUUACACCGACAAAAUCCUCCGAUAGUUCAUCGAGAUUUGGCAACUAAAAAUGUGCUUUUGACCAAAAAUAAACAGGCUAAGAUCGCUGACCUUGGAAUCGCCAAAUGUUUUUCUUUACAGCAAAAGAUGUUUUCAUCUCCAAACUGCGGAACUCCAGCAUACGCUGCGCCAGAAACAUUCUCAACAAAACAAGCUCAAAAGGUCGUCUACGGCGUCGAGAUCGAUAUUUUUUCCUUUGGAGUUAUGCUGAUGGAAGUUGUAAACAGCAGCCGUCCAAAGAUGGAACCCGAUUGGCCUUUUGAUAAAGGUUUGUAUAUAUUUUUGUGUAUCAAAGUAAAGGCCUACUCUGGGACCUUAACUCGCCGCGAGAUUGUGCGAGCUAAUGCGAGUUUAGGCGAGUUAAGGCGAGAUAAGGAAAAAUUGAGCUCACCUAUCAGUUGCCAGUUAAGGCGAGAUAAGGCGAGUCAAGGCGAGUUAAGGGUAAAUGGUCAACCUAAUGUUGAGGUGAUAAGGGUUAACACAUAUAUCAUGCUUUAGUAACACACAUAUAAAGAUGCCUUGUGCCUUGCAAUCUUUGUAUGUCUUAUGUAUAUAUACCUAACAGUCUCCAUGUUGCCCAAUUACAAAAAAAAAUUCAACAAAAAAUUUUAGAUGAGCUCCAAAGUUGACUGAAGCCAAAUCUUAUUUAAAGUUAGUACCGGUAAUUGAACAUUUUUUCCUAAUUGGGCGAGUGGAGUAUGGAGUCCUUGCCCUGGUUGUUCAAGCGUUGGAUCGCGCUAUUCAACAAAAUGAUAAAUCACUAUACAGCGGAUAAGUACUUGGAAAACUAAUUGCACUAUCCACUGGAUAGAGAUUGAUCCGUUGGAUAGCCUUUGAAUAACCAAGGCUUGGUUUUUAUUAAUUAUUAUAUAGCAUUCAGAUACCAAAUUAUACCAUUUGGUGGCUGUAUAAUACUAUUAUUACUAAUAAAAGUAGUCAUCAUCAUAUAUUAUUUAUUAUAGCUGCAUGAAUAUUUGGCAGAAGGCAGAAUAAUAAACUAGUGAAAAAAGAAACUAAUGUACACAUAACAAUCAUGAAUAGAUGAGAAAAUGUAAUUGUAGUACAAACACAGAUGGGAUAUUUAAUUUUACUUAUUUUUUUAAUUCAAUAACACUAUGUUUUAAUCAGACAGGUUAACAUAAUAGGUAUCACAUGAUGGCAUGAAUUGUUAUCAUUAACUCCAGAAUUAUAAAAGAAUAAUGUUUUUUACAGUCUGAGUCAAUGUUCUUCAAAGAACUAGUAUAAAAAAACGGAGAAGCUUACGAAUUACAGCUCAGAUGUGGACAUUUUGUAUGCGCAAUCAAUUUUACUAAAAUGACAUGAAAUUCUUUCUUCUUGAAAGUUAUAAGACUUAUCUUUAAGUCUCCCAUUUGGCCCAUUCUUUCCAUUUCACUAAUGGUUUCCUUUGGAAUCCAGCCCAACUGUUUGGUUUCACUGCCAGAAACGAAAACACCAAUUGCCUUUUCGUUUCCUCGGAAUAAAUCCAUGCCAUUUUAAUCUCUUGCAAAUGGAGAUUGAUGCCUUUUCAUGAAGACAGCAGUUCCCGUAUUUUAAAAAACUCCCUCCUUAAACUUGGACAAUCCUGCUGGAGAAAAAGUGUUCACAGUUGUGCCGAGAGCUAUAUCUCAUAUAAGUUGAUGAACAGAAAUACUCUCCGCAUUUGUGAUGAAUCUUCCCUGCUUCAAACAUGGCCACCGCCUCAGCUGUUGUAAUGUGUUUUGACGUCAUGUACGUCACGUUGAAGCUUCCCACCUAAAACCUGCCAGUAGACUGGGCCCUGGGAGAGUUACCAGUAUCUUCUGGGUAAUUUUGAAAAUGGCGAACGGAGUUGACUAUCAAUGCAAAAACGGGCUAAAUGUAACAAGUCUUUAUGAUUCAUGGCUUAUGGUCGCCAGCUUGACUACAAUGUAAGCCAAACAGGAUGUCAUGUGAAAGCAAUACACAGAUCUUCUAGUACCAGGUAACUUUAUAAUCAAGAAAUAUGGACUGCCAUCAGUAUGUGGAGUAUUUGAAGGAUUCUGGCUACAUCCCAGACUUUCAUUGUCAGCUAGAAUUCUCAUUAAGUUUCAUCAGAUUAUAAGAUGAUAAUUAUACUGCUGCUUUUCAUUAUCAUAAACAGCUUGCAUACAUUAUACAUUUGGAAAGUAAUGUAGCUUAAUUUUAAAAUUUUCCACAACAUCAAACUUUACUGUAAAUCAUUUAUAGCUAGCUAACUUAAAAGAAAAUAUAUAUAUAUAUAUAUAUAUAUAUUCUGUUAUUACAGUUUUGUAUUGUUAUGUUACUUAAUGUCACUUAAUUUGUGGCCCAAAAUAAUAGCAAUCAGUGUGGGUUUCUCUAGGCCCUGUGACAUACCUCUGGAAUUUCUGCCAUGCUUUGCAUUGUAGCCUUUUUGUUAGGUAAGAAGUUUGUGCAUGUUCAGAUUGUUUUCCUGGUAGUUCCAUUGGCUGUCCAUUAAGUACUAAGCAAGCCCUCAUCAAAUCUUAGUGGUGAAACACCCUUACCACAGAGGCUAUUGGAAAUUCCAGAAGGAUGGGACUUACAAAUCCCUAUUAUUUAUAAUUUUUGAAAUCCCUCUUUUUUGGUGUCUUCUCUUUGUGGAUUAAUUGUGAAAUUAUCCUGAGAGUGGGAUGACGUAUUGGGCACGAUCCAUUCAACCAAAAUUUUCGGAAAUUUGGGUACAAAACUCAAUGGAUCGGUUCGGUCCAACUGGAAAAGUUUCGAAAAAACUGGUCCACCUUUCAGGUGGACCACUUCCAGUCGGACCAGUCUGAAGUCUGGUUAAAUGGAUCACGCCCAUUGAAAUUGGUAUCCACUUGGCAGUGGCGAGAGUAGGCGAGUUUAGGCGAGAUAAGGCGAGAUAAGGAAAUUUGCACAUAAUCGCAAGCGGCGAGUUAAGGCGAGUUAAGGCGAGUUUAGGUCCCAGAGUAGGCCUAAGUAAGCAGUCGUCAAAACGAAAGCAGGUAUAUGUUCUUUUUGCUGGUCACGCAAUCCUCCCCAACGCGUGACGAAGCCCAAAACAGGGUAGUCGGCGUAGGAGGCUAGAAUGCAGAGGAAGUGUUGCAUUAUUCGAUGAUACAGUGGGUCGAGUUGUUCGUUGUAACGAACGUUAUUUUUCGUUUCGGUAAAAUUUGUGCAAUAGAACUUUGACAUAACGCAGCCUAUUAUGGCGAAUAUACGGUCAAACCCAGUGACUACAGUUUGUAGGGACACGGAGGGGGUCAUAGAACGUGUUUAUAUUUACGAAGAAGAAAGAAACAGAAGCAGUUCUCUGGGUACUAUCACGUGCUCUGAGAUGGUAAAACAAAACAUACCAGCUAAAAAGGUCUAUUGAAAAAGGGAAAAACCUGGAACAGUAAACAGGGAUUCUCUAAAAUGGGGAAUCUCUGAAAGGGGCAUUCUAUAACGAAUAUAACCUUCCAUUCCGACUUUCUUUUGUGUGAUGAGUAAAAAAGAGGCUAUAAAAAGGGGGAAAUCUCUAAAUUAAGAAUCUCUAAAAGGGAGAGUUCCAGAAAUGGGGAUCCUCUAAAAGAGGGAUUACCACAAUGCCACAUAAUGUAAGUUGCCCCAUUGUUCAGAAGUUGGAUAUGGUGUCUUACGGAUUUAACCAAGGAUGAUCCGGAUUUAACCAGGAUUUAACCACUAACACAUACUAUCGCUAACUCGUGCUCACGUUUGCAUUCAAAUCAUCAUAACAGUCAGAGCGCAUGCUUGAUUAUAAAAACAUUGGGGUGGGAAAGGUAGACCUAAUUGUUUACAUAUCCUACAGCGGAUAAUGCUAUCCACUGGAUAAAUCUCUAUCCAGUGAAUAAUGAAAUUGGUUUCCCAAAUAUUUUUGCGCUGGAUAGCCGCUGGAUAGUGAUUUAUCCCGUGAAUAGUACUUUCUAACGUUUGAACAGCCGGGGCCUGAUCUGCAAGUUGGUGUUCAAUACUACUAGCUAGCCAAUCAGAGAGCCGCUUUGGAUGACCGGGCUAAGGGAAACAAAUACUUCCUGCAAUUCUUAAGGAAUCUUAUUAAACUGCCUAGUCAAUAUUUCUCAAACUUAUGAAAUCAACUAUGAAACGUCAUCUACAGUUAUAGCUGACAGUUAACCAAAAACGGCCGAUUACAAAUCUGGUAUUGUUGUCGUAAUUCACAUCAGCUGCUUCUUUUUCUGCGCUGUCCAAAACAUUUUCUUAGUGUUUCAACCUUAAUGAAAGUUCGUGUCGCUUGGUACUGGUCAAAACUUCGUUUUUUAGUUAUUCUGCACCGUAGCUGAAUUCCUUGUGUCCGAGCUCUCCUGAAGAAGAGUGGGUCGGAGGUCUGCCUUCUUAUAGUCAGGUCUCUUAAGGUCAGGAUCGUUACAGAGUUGACAAAAGCACCAAACUUUGCACAGCAAUAGCUUAUUGCAGUACCAUGAAUAUUGGAGGGGGUGCCCAAUGCAAAUAUGCCACUGAAGCGUGCUAAACAGGAUUUAAUUAUUGUAAAUUUCACCUGCUGGGGUCCCUGUGGUGUUUUGAUUGAAAAUUGUUAUUUAAUACCCUAAAUCAUUAAGAAUGCUCUUCCCAUGUUGUAAACAACAAUUUCACUCGAACAUCUGGCAUUCCCAUCCAGUAUUAGCUUACUGAUUGUAUAAUUGAGUUGAUUAUUACUGUGCCCUAAAAGCAAGUCCACAGUCCUCCCACACUUUCAUAAGUCAUUGCUAAGAUGGCCUCGUCUUUGCUUCAUAACUUGUAAGUACUCAGCCUCUGGGGUUCUCUUCUCCUUUUCUAAUGUAUUUCAAUUAGAGGAGGCCUUAUUGUGUGGCUUAAGCCUUAUUUAUCACGUAUUACUUGUCAUUACAUGUCACUUUAGGCUAAAGAAAGCGUAUGGCAUAGCGAUUCACACACAAAAUUUCAGAAAAGAAGAAAUUGUCAAAGAGUCUGUUGCAUCAAAUAUUACCAGGGAUUUAUGAAAGCUGUUCAUAAAGAGCAAAUAACGAAAUGACAGAAUCCAAAAUAGUUCUUUCCUAAGGAGGUAAUUAAUUUUUCUGUUUAACAUAGGCCUGGAUACCUUUCAGUCUCUACUUUAUCUGCUGGACGCACGUGCAUGUUUUGAUAGAGAAGCAAGCACCGUGGCACGAGUCAUAUCAUUUACAAUUCCCGCAGUUUGUCUAAGCUUUACAAAGCAAAAUCAAACAAAAAGGAAUCUGGUCUCAUAAACGAAAAAAAGGAACAGGUUAGCCCAAGCUUCAAAAAACAGCACAAUUUACCAUGAAGCCUCUACAUUUGGCCCUGAAGCACUCACGUCCAAAACAAUAACAGCUUAAAUCAAGUCGUAAAAGUGAGACGCAAUUAAGUGGUACAAGAUUGACUCAAAUGAUAAAUGGUGAAUGGUUUAACUGCUGAAACCAUAGAAACGGGGCCGGGCUAACUUUUAGGGCCUGUUUACAUGUAGGAGGGGGACCCCAGGUAGGCAUGGUAACCCAGUUAGGUGGGGUAACCUGCCUGUCCAUAUAAUCUCUCAUUUUAAUUUGAUCACGUUUACAUGAUAGGUGGGGUGACCCUUCAAGGUGGGUAGCCCGGUCUGCCACACCGGGUAACCCUCUCAGCUGAGGUCAAAUUUUGCCAUGUCAACGUUUCAAGAUGGGGUAACCCAGGCUAGUCGGGGUGGAUUCGGGAUACAUCAAAUUCGCAAAAAUUUACUUUGGCGCCGGGUGGCUUCACACAAUUAUUAAAGGUAACAAUAGAAAGCCACAACACUGAAGGCUGCAGCAAGAGCAGCAAGUGAGCGUAGACGUAGUUUGACAGCAUUUUUCUUGUUUACGUGCUUAGCGACCAUUCAAUAAUCUUGAGAAAGUGCACCCCAGGAUAUCGGGGUUGUAAGAUUGCAUGUAAAGGAGGGUUAUUUUUUUACCCAACCUAAGCAGGUUACCUCACCUACCUGGGGUGCACCACCUUUAUGUUAACGGGCCCUAAGUCUCAGGAACCGUGAAACUGGUAAUAAACGGUAUACCUAACCUAGGACUAGCUGUCAUACUACUUUUAUCUUCAAAAACGUCAGCAUAGCAGCCAAAGGAGCCAUUAUAUCGGUGUAACACGAAUAUUAGAUUACGGUUGUUUCAUGCGUCUCGUUUUGUGACUUUUUUGUGUUCGUUUUUGUCACCAUCUAAAUUUCAAUCAUGUUCAAAACACCCCGACUAACAAAAUAUUUCGUAAAGCUCUUUAGAAUGAUAUUCAGCAAUAAAAACAAGGUGUGACUAGGAGCCGAUAUCUAGGCUCCUGGUGUGGCAACAUAGGCAUAAGUGAAUGCAAAGUUUUGCGGUAUGUAAUCUGUCAGAAAUCUGUUUGAGUGGUCAAAGUUGGGGCUGAUGGCUUCUUUAUCUUGACCACUCCAUUAUUAUGAGGGAUCAGGCCAUAAUUAUUAUUGACCCUUGCUCUUUUUGGUAUUUUCGGUAAUUUUCCACAACAUUAUUUUGUGAAAAGUUGGUAACUGAAUUGCUCUUGAGGAAUUCAUGAUCGUAAGAAUUCGUAACCACGGGGUAUUUGCCUAAUUGCAUCAAACAAUUUGCAUUCAUUUUCAUAAAUGAUGCAUCAUUGGUUGGCUAAAAGAGGACUUGUUCCUGUAACUUUCAACUCUUCUGAAGUUAGUUUGUUUGUAAAUUGUAACGUACGCGACGACCUUCCUUUUUUUGAAAGAUCGUAUAGUCCUACCAUUAACACUCUGGUGCGAGGGCUCUGAAGUGAAUGAGCUCCUUACAGGUGUCUAGGGACGCAGGGACCUCAUACACUGCUUUUUAAAUGCAAAUGUGUAAAAAAUUAAGAGUGCUGAAAAUUCCUGGAGAGGAAUGUUUUACAACCUCGUCCCCAGGGCUUAAUAAAAAGGUAGAAAAAGGUAAACCGACCAUAUUUUACGUCAGUAACUCGUGACAGUAAUAAUAACUGAUAAACUUGAGGUCGACGGUGCGCUCCUUUUACCCCCUCUCUCCAUUAAUGCUCCGUUUUAAGGGUAUUUAAAACUAGUCAAAGCUACACAGAAAGGAGAGAAGUUGAAAUAAGGAUGUGUUGACACCAGGGAUCGAACUCGGGACCUCACGCACCGAAGGCUGCGCACUAACCAACUAUGCCACCCUUACUCCUCCUUUUCCCCCUGAGGAUGACGUUGACAUGUUUUAAUCAUUAUCUCAAGGACAGGGUUACCAACGAAGCAGAUUAUAAUCUAAUCUUAGCUGCACAAUUACAAAGUGGGCGAGCUGUCAGUUACGGUUCAUGAGGUCGUUUAUGAGGCAUGUCAAAAUUUAACGAUUCUAUCGCUUAGGAUGUGAUACAUUUGGGUUUUAUGUUAUUGUAUGACAUCUUUGAAAGCUGGCUUCGUGAUCUGUUUAAAUUGAUAUGUAAUGUUAUUAUCACUGGCAAGUCUUAGCAGUGACACUGAUAGCCACACAGUGAACAUGGCCAAACUUACCGUGUGGAGACUGGGCACUAGUCAGUAUUAUGUACACGUAAAACUAUUUUGAAUAGUGUAACAACAACUAAACAUUACCAAAUUAAAAACUUAAAAAUUUGAAGCAAAUGUUUUUAGCUAAAUCAAACAAGAAAAGUUCUCACCACAGGGCACCCAAUCUGCUAGUAUAGGUGAAAGUUAACCCCCCCCCCCUUUUUAUCUGUGAUUAGGACCAUUUGUAACGGGCACCCCCUCCAGUAUUAAUCGGCAGGUGCUAAGGAAGUUCUGUGCCAAAUUUGACACUUUUGUCACGUCUGUAACGAUCCGGCCUAUAUUUUGCACUAAGAGACCUGACUAUUAGGGUCCCAUGCUCGCAUCAAUCCAUUUUCGUAAGCUACGGUUUCUCGUCCUCAACACGAGUAAAGAUUGGUUGAGUUCGCAUCUGAUUUUUCUUUUUAAAUAACAGAUGGUCAACGUAUUCCAGAAACAGUGCGCCGCAAAGGGGACAUCAGUAAGAUGGGUGACCACAAAUUGAGCAAACUCGUGCUAAAUUGUAUUGAAGACCACAGCGACCGGAGGCCAAACGCCGAGGAAGUUGUCAACCGUCUUCAAAGAGAGCUGUCAAAACUUCAUAAAAAGGAGGAAAUUUUUCGACGAUCAAAGCCUCACUCGCCUCCAAAGUUAAAAGUUAUAGCCCUUGGAGCGUCUGGUACCGGAAAGACUUGUGUUAUCAAGCGAUUUGUGAACAGCAGCUACCCCCAGAAUGUGUGCGAAACCGAAACCUAUACCGUUGGACAAGAAUUCUACUGGAAAGACAUCAGUUUGGGUGGUAAGGACUACCGUUUGGAGAUUACUGACACCGCUGGACAGGAAAAGUAUCAUAGUAUUCCUAAAAGUCUCGCACGGAACGUAGAAGGCAUCUUACUCGUGUUCGACAUACAAAUAAGAGACUCUUUGCUAGAAGGCAUCCCAAAGAUGCUAAAGCUCCUUGACGCUGACAAAGCCGAUACCACGAGCAUUAUUUUGGUUGGAAACAAAGUUGAUGCAAAAGUUCGUCAAGUUACCAGUUUAGAGGCAGAGCAAUAUGCUAGGAAACUUGGAGUGCAUUACAUCGAAACGAGCGCAAAAACUGGCGAAAACGUCCAAAAAUUGUUUGAAGAGAUGACAAGAGAGAUCUAUGAGACUCUGGACUUGUCAGACAUAGACGUUUUCGUUCCAAGUGCAGGUGACGUUCGUAUACAUCUCCAAGAUGAUGCUCCUCGUAAUAAAAACAUCUGUGAAAAAUUACGUGACUGGAUGUGUGGGUGAGCAAAGACACGAGCUAGCCAUAAUUGGCCACUGCAGUUGAGUAGAACCCCGUUAACUCGAACUCCCCGCUAGCUCGAUUUAAGUCCCAUUUCCCUUGGAUUUCACUCCGUUUUUCAGUCAUUUUUACCCAGUUAACUGGAACUCGGAUAACUCGAAUUCCCGCUGACUGGAACUAAAUGUCAUUUCCCUUGAUAGAAAAUUCACUGAAUUUGUACUGCACUAUAUACUGAAGUGCUGACAAAAUAAAUUUUUAAUAUGGUAAAUUGAAUUUUGCGAUCGACCCCGCUAACUCGAACUGUUUUUAGUUCCCUUCAGAGAUCGAGUUACCG